AUGCUCCCGCUCCUGCUGGCCCUUCUUCUGUCCCCCACUGGGGAGGCAGGGAAAAUCAUCGGGGGCCAUGAGGCCAAGCCUCACUCUCAUCCUUACAUGGCGUUUCUUGAGUACCAUGUUUCAGAGAAAAGUUUCAUCUGUGGGGGUCUCCUCGUGCGUGAGGACUUCGUGCUGACAGCAGCUCACUGCUGGGGAAGCUCAAUCAACGUCACCCUGAGGGACCACAACAUCUACCAGCAGGAGAGGACCCAGCAGGUCAUCCCAUACGACCCCUUCAGUUGUUCCAGGGAACUGAGGAGGAAGGCCUACCUGACCACCGCUGUAAGCCCCAUCAGGCUGCCCUGGAGGAGGGAGCUGGUGAAGCCAGGGAUGGUGUGCAGUGUGGCCGGCUGGGGGCACCUGGGUGUGAACAAUCCCGUGGCAGAGAAACUGCAGGAGGCUGACCACGGGCUCCAUCAGAAAAGGGAGACACCUCCUCAGGAGAACACGACCCUCUUCUCGAGGACCCUCUUAUCGCAUCCAUAUGCCCUCCUCCUAAUCCACACCCACUCCCCUGCCCCACCCUAUCCCAGUGCCAAUGUGGCAACAUAA